AGUUAAAGUGCUUCACAAAUAGCAGCAGCUGCAACAAGCUAGAGGGAAUCAGCUGAUAGAGCAUGAUUCAGCACGCCAUGGUAAUGUUGCGAUCGGUGCUCUCUUCCGCGCGCCGUGUGCCGUUGAUUAAGUUCCGAAAGGGAGGCCCGUUCCUAGAGUCGGCCGGCCAUACGACUAGUGGUACCAGUGGUUCCGCCGGCGCUGCUGCUGCUCCAGCGCACGCCCGAUCGGUGUCGUCCGGAGAAGCGAUCGAAGAAUGGCAGCUGCCACCUCGGUACCGCAGGAAACCGAUCGAUGACGUCGAGAUGGAAUGGAUCAACCGUGGUGGACCGCCGGCUUAAGUCCCGCGACAUCUCCAUCAUGUGUAAUCUCUCCAUCAUCCCUACAUUACAGCGAGUCGAGGCGGCGUUCCCUUCCCUAGUCACUAGAAAAAUGUCGGCAAUGCGAAUAGAUGCAGCAAAAUCAUUUAAGCGUGCUAUUGAAAUGAACGUAGCAGUUGUCUCUGGAACAUCGUCGAGCGGGAUCUCGUUUGCAGAAUGUACAUUAAAUUGCGGCCACCACUCUUCCAUCGGAGCAGGCGGCGGUGCAUGCUCUCGGAACACAAGAAAUCAUCUAACGAAAUCCAGAAUGGUGCUAAUAAUAAC